AUGGUCAAGGGCCAUCAAAGAUCGAGAAAUUCAUGGUCAGAUAUGGAUGUAGAGGACCCUGCUCAAAACGAAUGGACCAUAUUUCUCAACUCCGGCACAACGAUAUUCAAGAGAGCAAUGUUCGGUUUACUGCCUAGUUUUGUUCAACGCAGGUUGCGACCACUCUCUACAAGACAACAUCGACUGCACGCUACCUCUUAUUUAGAUGGUCUCAGAGGAGUGGCUUCAUUCAUCGUGUUGAUGGGUCACUAUACUGAAGAAAAUCUUGGAUGGUAUACCGAGCCGUAUGGUCUUUACGAAAGUGGAGCGGCUUCUUCACCCCUACAACUACCAUUCAUUCGAGUUCUAUAUUCCGCCCGGCCAAUGGUUCAUAUAUUCUUCAUCAUAUCAGGCUUUGUUCUAGCCUACAAGCCAAUUAUGCAAAUACACUCACAACAAUACGCAUCGCUGAUCACCACGAUAUCCUCAUCAGUCUUCCGUCGCGCUUUACGCCUAUUCCUGCCAUCCAUUGUCACCCUUUUCAUCAUGGCGCUAGCUGUGUAUUCAGGUAUCUCCGAUGUUAGAUAUGCUGCAAGGUCCAACAGUCUCUUCUCGCAAUUGCAGAAUUGGUGCUACACUUGCUGGGAACUGCUCAAAGCAUCUUGGGGAGUCAACAACUUAUCAUAUCCAGCACCGAAAUACAAUCCAGCACUUUGGACUAUUCCCGUUGAGUUUGCCCAGUCCAUGAUCCUUUUCAUCACACUUGUUGGAUUGUCCCGCUGUCAAAUCAACGCACGAUUAGCUUUAUUAGCGGUAGUUAUGAUACUCUGUUUUUAUGGUGGCCAACUAUACACAGUCGAAUUCAUCGGCGGAGUGUUAAUUUCUGAGGUAGUUAUCCUGCGAGAAGGUCAUGGCUCUUCCUCCCCCACUAGUAGCCCAACAUCACUUCCAAAAUACACCUUCGAGAACAUUUCUAAUUAUUCGUCACGCUCGCUGCUUCGCGAAAAGGCUAUCAAAGCCUUCUGGAUUCUGAACGUUAUCAGCGGAUUUUACAUCGCAUCAUGGACGAACAACCGUCCUGGAGACCAAUGGGGUAUCAGAUUUCUCAACGCGCACACGCCUUCCCCAUAUGAAGGCCAAAAAAUCUGGUUUUGCCUCGCAGGAUUUCAGAUAGUUAUUGCUUGCACACAACUCAAAUUUCUACAAAACAUUUUCAACACGAGCAUUGCACAAUACCUGGCAAAUAUCUCAUACGCACUGUAUCUGACGCACAACUUGUGUUUAGCUUUUCUGGAGCCGAAAGUGGUACCCUAUCUCGACUCCUGGAUUGGAAAAUCGACGACCAUGAGCCGACAUCUUUUCUGGGCUGCUGGUCUAUGGAUCUACCUGCCUAUCAUUGUUUGGGUGGCAGAUGUCUUUUGGCGGGCUGUGGAUGUUCCAUCAGUCAAGUUUGCGAGAUGGUUAGAGUUGAAGUGCAUUGUUGAAGAUAUUCAGAAGAAGGGUUGA